AACACCCAUAGUUUUUAAGUCCGCAAUAAUCCCACUUUGCGAGCUCCACAACAGCAGCACCCCGCCCAGAUCACCACUUUGUUCUCCUCAUUCAAUUCCAUCCAUGGUUCUGGAUUAGGGUUUUUAGGGACUUGCCAACGAGGGUCUAGGUCUUACUCAUUGCUACUACUCUCGUAGACUCGUGACCCUAUUGCUAUUGGAGCUGGUUAUGAUUAUGGUGGACGAGGAGAAGAGAGAGAUGCGUAGUCACAGUACCACAGAAUCAAAGGUCACCAGAAACCCUACCAUUCAUGGAGAACCCAGCAAAGCAGCAGGGAAAGAGAAGCCCAAGGUGGUGGUAAUAAUGGGUCCUACUGGUUCAGGAAAGUCACGGUUGGCCAUUGAUUUGGGCUCCCACUUUCCCGUUGAGGUCAUCAAUGCCGAUUCCAUGCAGGUCUACAAAGGCUUGGACGUUCUCACUAACAAGGUCCCACUUCACGAACAAAAGGGGGUGCCUCAUCAUCUUCUUGGGACAGUGAAUCCAAACGUUGAAUUCACAGCUAAAGAGUUUCGGGAUUGUGCUGUUCCUCUUAUUGAUGAUAUCUUGUCUCGUAACUGCUUGCCAGUCAUAGUUGGGGGUACACAUUACUACAUACAGGCUCUUAUAAGCCCAUUCCUUCUAGAUGACACAACAGAAGAUAUGGAUGAUAAUUGCUUAAAUACUUCUCUAGGAGAUACACAAUCAUUGUCUAAGUUGGACUGUGAAGGAAUAACAGAUAGCUAUGACCAUCUCAAAAGCAUUGAUCCAGUAGCAGCAAACAGAAUCCAUCCAAACAAUCAUAGAAAAAUUAGUCAGUACCUUAGCUUACAUGCUCGUUUCGGCAUUCUCCCUAGUGAACUUCUUCAGGGGAAGGCUGCAGAGAACUGGGGUCGAGUUGAUUAUUUCAGAUACGAUUGUUGUUUCAUAUGUAUGGAUGCAUCUCUUCCUGUGCUGGAUCAAUAUGUGGAUCAAAGAGUAGACUGCAUGGUAGAUACUGGAUUGCUUGAUGAAGUCUUUGACAUUUUCAAUCUGAAUGCGGAUUAUACUCGAGGCUUGCUGCAGGCUAUUGGUGUUCGGGAAUUUGAGACUUUCUUAAGAGAGAAUGUUGUCGAAGCCAGAUUCAAUAAUGAAAGUUAUUCAACUGACGUCUCUGUCUCAUUGAAGCCAGUGGACAUGGCUGAUAAAAUCUUGAAAGAGAAUAUGAGGGCAAUACUGAACUCCUCUGAUAAUAGAAAGCCCAGGAUUCUAUUAAGAGAAGCCAUUGACAAAGUAAAACUUAACACUCGAAGACUUGUUCGUCGUCAGAGACGAAUGAUUGUUCGGCUGCAGAAAUUGUUUGGAUGGGACAUGCGUGUCCUUGAUGCAACAGAGUCCAUAUUAAGUAAAUCAGAUGAUAUAUGGGCAGAACAGGUAGUUGAACCAGCCAUGAAAAUGGUUAGAUCUUUCCUUAGUCAGGAGGCUGCUAGUUCGGUGGUGCCCGAUGAGGCAGCUCCAAACAGCGCUGGAACAAGAAUACUUGGAAGGGAACUGUGGACUCAGUAUGUAUGCAAGGCUUGUGGAGAUAAAGUCCUUAGAGGAGCACAUGAGUGGGAACAACACAUACAGGGCCGUAGUCAUCGAAAACGAAUGUCAAAACUGCGAAAAUCGCAAGGCCGUUUUGUAGCCGAACAGCAGCAGCAGCAACAUCGAGCGCGCCAGAUUGGAGAUGAACUUUCAGUGUCUGAUUAUCUUAGUUGUCCCCAUGAAGGUGGGAACUAGUAAAGAAACUAAAAAUAACAAGAGAGUAAUUAUUUGAUUUAAAAGGGUUAUGGAUUGUUUUACAAGUGAUUGAUAAUCUUAAUCUCAUCAAAAUAUGAACAAGUUAUUUUGUGCCUU